CAGGAAAACAACUGAAGACAUUUUAGUUUGAAGUGCGACCUUUACUUUUAAGUUUGGAGUAUGGGUAUUGCACACGACACAUUGUCUCAUGAAGGGAAAUAUUUUGCCAAGUAAUAUUAUAAUCCCUUGAUGGAUGGCAGAGUUAUUGACCGGACACGAAACAGACCCUGUUAAUACCAGUUAACCUUUGACAUUAAAGUGUAACACUGGCCUUUAAGCUUGGGGUCUAGAAGCUGCGCAUGACAUGUCGUCUCAUCAUGGGGAACAUCCAUGCCAAGUAUUAUUAAAUUCCAUCGAUGGAUUUUUGACUUAUAGACAGGACAAGAAAAAAUCCCUGUUGUCACUUUUGACCUCUAAGUAUGACCUUGAGCUUUGAGCAGGGGUCUUGGUGCUGCACAUGACUCGUUUCAUUAUUGGGAAAAUGAUUCAAGUAAUAUUAUAAUCCUUCAAUGGAUGCCAGAGGUAUGGACCGGACGCAAAAGAGUGGACGAACAGAAUGACGCAAUGUCGAAAAGAAGAUCACAAUCCUGAAGAGUCAUUGAAACCGAUAAGGGACUAAUAAUAGUAGUAUCUCCAAACACGAGACGGAACCAAAGGUACAAUAUAUAAAACAUAAAAAUGUUCAUAUGAAUAAUAUAAAAAGAAAAUCGAAUAAACCGUAUAGAUUACGCAUGCACUGAAUGCCUUUAUAGAAAGCAGAUCAACUACAGAACAUCAUUACGGAUCGGAAUACAUAUCUAAUAGUCGUUCAUUCCCAGUCGGGUAAAAACGCCUUUCACAGAGUCUUCUACCCAGUAAAAGGGCUUAACUCCAAACAGGCGAUGUAUCUCAAGUUCAUUUGUUCAAAUAUGUUUAAUUUGGAUAAAAACUAAUUUCUUUUUGAAUCUAUAUAUAUUAUAAACCGAUUUUGAAUAUGAAACCAUGAAGCAAAUUAUUUCUCCAUUUCCAGAUUCACGUAAGCCCUAUUUUUUGGCUUAUUUUGAUAUCAGGGUACCAUUAAAUAUCCGCAAAUUUUGGAUCAAUAGGACAUACCCACGACAAAUUAACCUUUUUAAACGGUGUAGUAUUGUUGAAAGAUUAAUAAACACCGGUUCAAUUACUAUCUCAUUGUCUUUUAGAACUAUAAGUUGGUAUACUGACUAAAUUUUUUAACGAUAAUGUUUAAUUACACGCGACGAUCCAAAAUCAGUUCUACAAAGUCAAAUUUAAUUUGUGCCCUAGACAGAACAGAAAGUUAAAGUUUGUUUUUGGUUUAAAGUUUAUACUAUCAUCAGCAUGGCGUUUGUCUCUGGACUUGGGGGCGGCCAUGCUAAUGCCAGCUACUUUGAAACACGGAAAAACACCAUGGCUCAAAAAGAUGGUAAAGAUUGCGGCUGUAUAAACAUCAGUUUGGAGAGGCCAAAGAAAAAGUCCAAAAUACGCUUAAUGAAAGAACGGAUAAGACAGUUCAGUAUUUGGUUUUUCGAGAAUGAGGACCAUAAAGAAGUAGAACACGUAAGGCGGAGGUUAGAAAGGAAAAAGAAAAGGAAACUUUUAAAAAAGAGUCCUGAAUUCCGGCAUGUAUGUUGGCUGUAUGGUUUUGAUGUGAUUUUGUGGAUAGUUGGGUCUGUAUUUACCCUGUGCAGUACCGUCAAGGCUUUUGGUAAACAUACCGUGUUUUAUAAAUCUGGGCAGCUAUACCGUAUCCUGGGACCUGGGCUUCUUCUCGCUGCCGCGGUGGUUUUAUUCCUUGCAACUGGAUUGAAACACCGCAUGAAAACUAAGCACGAUAGACCACAGCGGAGCUUUUACAUUGUACAGAAAAACAAGAAGCAUUCUAAAUCCGACACUGAUAUAAAGGACCCGGAUAAUGAUUCGGGAAAUGAAGAAGAUAUCGAAAUGACUGAGUUUAGUUUAAAGAGAGAAAGUGACCUGAAAACUGGUCCAGAAGGGAAGCCUACCAAAGAAGCAAAAGUGCGCAAAUUGGGAGACAUGCCUAUAGGAGGCACAAUGUCUGGUGAAAAGUCGGAAAUUGUGUUUUAUAAUGAAGGCUUAAAACGCACACAGAACAGGAGAGCGUGGGCGAAAACUAAAUGGAUGAGAAUGGAAAGUGGGUCAGGAGAUUCUUUCGAAAGUGAUGAUAUUUUAGAUCUGGUCCAUGACGAUCCUAGUAAAGAAGAAAACGAAUCGAGAGAAACGCAUGCUGAACUACCCUCGAAUGUGACGAAAAUGUCAACAAACAGGCGAAUAAUGCGGUUUAAACCUCUUUCCGGUGGAUGUUUUACGGCACAAUCUUCAAUCAGAUCCCAGGCGUCCGAAAUAUCUUUCGCUAGUACAACAUCCGAGUCAGCGCUGCUUGUCAGGAAGUGAUACAUACUUGUGAUAUAUAGACAACUUUAUCGCACAUCAACCAUCAAUUUAACUCCACACAAAAUACACAGACUCGUUAUUAACUAAACAAUUUUAUGCUAUUUUCAUUAUUUUGAUAAUGGAUUAAAAUUGCGCUGUUGUUUCUCCUAGUGACAUACACAGUGAAGCGUAACAGUACAAUGUUAUAUACCAGCUUCUAUAAGAUCACUGUGGCUGAAAAUGUCCUGCCAGACUUAAAAUUACUAUUGAACAUCGGAGUAUAAAAUAAAGAACGAUUUCAGUAAGAAAACUGCGUUCAUUGUGAUUGUUUGUUUUUUUCAUUUUGGCUUGAUUUGGGAAAACAAAGAGUUUUUAUCAAUUUGCUCAUAUCAUUUUCAUGUUCAUCCCAGGUUCAAUACUCGUGCCUGUUUACUCAGUGUGUCAUACAAACGUUUGCUCCCAUGACAUUUUUCGUUUCGUAUGUUGUUUUGGCACUAUGUCAUAAGAAUCAUAGUCAACUCUUAUUAUUAAACGGGAAUUGAAACUAUAAUAGCUAGCUAUAGCUGAAUUUACUGUGAUCUUGUACUAUAAUAGCUAGCUAUAGCUGAAUUUACUGUGAUCUUGUACUAUAAUAGCUAGCUAUAGCUGAAUUUACUGUGAUCUUGUACUAUAAUAGCUAGCUAUAGCUGAAUUUACCGUGAUCUUGUACUAUAAUAGCUAGCUAUAGCUGAAUUUACCGUGAUCUUGUACUAUAAUAGCUAGCUAUAGCUGAAUUUACUGUGAUCUUGUACUAUAAUAGCUAGCUAUAGCUGAAUUUACCGUGAUCUUGUACUAUAAUAGCUAGCUAUAGCUGAAUUUACCGUGAUCUUGUACUAUAAUAGCUAGCUAUAGCUGAAUUUACCGUGAUCUUGUACUAUAAUAGCUAGCUAUAGCUGAAUUUACCGUGAUCUUGUACUAUAAUAGCUAGCUAUAGCUGAAUUUACUGUGAUCUUGUACUAUAAUAGCUAGCUAUAGCUGAAUUUACUGUGAUCUUGUUUAGUUUGGACAAGGGCAAUAUACAACAUGGCUUACAGCAUACCACACAUUCAAAAGACAAAUACUACCAUUUUAUUCUAUCUAUGAUAAUGAAUUUCUGUAACACUGGCAAUACCAAAAUAACUAGGUAAGUAGAAUUGGUAAAUUCUAUUAUGCCUUUAAUAAAAUACUUAUUUACGGAUGGAACAAUAACUGUAAUACUGAUAAUUAUCUAUUGCGUUCAACUUGUGUUUUAAAAUGUUACUGUACUUUGAUAUCAUUGCAAUUGCAGAAACACAUCUUUUAAAGGAUUCUAUUUUAGAAUUAGAAGGCUACCAAUUGGUUCGGUUUAAACCGUAAAUAAAUACAUAUUAUUAAGAAUACCAGAUAAGAAUCUGGUGGUGUAGGGUUCGUAAAGAAUUGUCUUUCUGAUACUUUUGAUAUAUCUGUACUAGAUGAUACAGAUGAAGGUAUUGUGUGGUUCAUAAAGAAGACGGUAUCACCUUAUAACGGUGUGUUUGUUACCUCCCUCCACUCCUGAAAAUUCGUCUAGACAUUUUGAUGUUAAAGCAUUUUUGACAAGCUUUUAACAGAUAUAUACAAUUUUCAGAAUAAAGGGUUGGUGUAUUUAUGUGGUGAUUUUAAUAGCCGAUGUGGUGAUUUAGAUGACUUUAUAAGGGGUGGUGAUGAGGUACCAGAACGGGAUAUUGUUGAUUUUACUACCAAUGCUUAUGAUGAACUUUUUGAAUUUCUUGUAAAUUUAAAUUUUUGUAUUGUUAUUGGAAGAAAUAAAAUGAUUAUACCUCCA